CUUAAUUCGUCUUCAACUUCGUGAUGAUUAGUUAAUGCAGUUAUUAAACAUGGUGCCUCUGUAUGUACCUGUUACUGUUUCUCCCCUUUGUGCUUGAACGCUUCCAGAUCCCUGUCCCAAAUAAAGCUGCGACUGCCCCCCAUUAGUUUGCAACUUUUACAUCGGAAGUCGGCCUCUAAAGUUAGUAGAAGAUGAAGAACGAGAACUACAACUACUGCAACGACUUCAACCGCAACUGCUUCCAACUCUACGCAUAAAAACUAAGUACACUGCAGCAACUCUUGAGGAAGUGAAAGAGAUAGAGCAGCGCUGUCUUUGUGUUUUGAGCAUCACACUACACUCAACACGGCGUAUUGCCGACACUGACUUUUUUCCGGAGAGCAGCCGGGUGCGUUUUUGCUUUACGUAACAAGAUGAUGAAACCGAAGGCGCAGUAAAUAGGGUGAAGGAGCAGAAGGAGAAGCAAACGCAAUCAGCUACACUCCAGGAACCAGCACCACCCCCAGAGCCGCUAUUCUUAGCAUUGCUGCGUACCAGCCUCGGUCGGUGGGACCUUCUCGUAUCGGCAAGAUCAUCCGCGUGAUAGUUGAACACUUCGAUAGUUUCAGGAGUACGCCGGACGAAAGGCAAAAACAAUCCAUCGCUCAGUCAAGAAGCAAAUUGCACUUGGCUUGCGCCUAAGAAUAAGAAACAUAAUAAAAAAGGAUAAGGUCCUCGUAGUGGAGCGACAUCACACCAGCACACGAUCUCGAUCACGUUGCCGACGAGUGAAAUAAGAUCACGACGCAGAGUGCCGACUUAGAUCAUCCUGCGGCACCAGGACUAGGAGUCCUACCAACAAUAUCUGAGGACGAGGAAGUACUACCUCAAGCAGAUCCAAAUUGGAACUAUGUGUUUGUGUCUUUCGGGAUGAGCCACCAGGACGGGAAUUCCGCGAAUGCAGUAAAGACCCUGGCGCACCGCUCAUCUAACCUGGGAUAUUUUGUUACGCCCAAUGACAAACCAGACGGAGAAGUACUGUUUAUUCCGCUAGAGAAAUUGCGGAAGCAGUCACUUCUCUCUGUUGUGCGCAACGGCGCAAAAGAAUUCGCAACGCUUCCUACCACCAAUAACGCGGACUUCGUCCAAAAUUUCGCGGCAGCAAAGAUUACAAACGCAAUUCUCAAAGGAGUUCAUGCAACUGGCAACAUUCACGCUUCGGAGUUCACAAUCCUUUCUGCUGACCUUCUCCCCGUUCUACUCCCCGCUCAUGGGCCGAGAAUGGAGCCCCCCUGGAAGAACGUCAUCGAUGCCGUGGAGCGAAGCCUGUUCGCUCUUUUGCCGGAGCUCGUGCCUACGGUGGGCUACAUGGACGAGUUUCAAGAAGCGGGUGUGCAUGCUGCCAGAGUCCUGAAACAGUUGCUGUGCGACAUGAAGUGGCUUCGAGGCCGUCACUGGGACAACGAAUUGGCGAUCCGGAAUGCGGGGGACUUACGCAUACAACAAGAAGAACAGAACGCGCCGGGAACGCCGUCGUGUGAUUUUCCUCACGAGGGAGAAGAGGUCUUUGAGGCUUACUUCCAAAGGAUCUUUAGUAUGCGUACGAAGAUCAAUUUUGCAGCAGAUGGAGAAGUCGUAGGUCGUAAGGCGAAGAAGAGCCCACUAGUAAAUACUCGUCUCCCCGUCGGACUCACCACGAGCACGAACUGGCGCGACGUGCCAAUAGGCAAGGAGGCGGCUGACAUGCUUGUGAACUUAUUCCGGCAGGUUAUUGCGUAUGUUCUAGGCGGCGACAGCUAUCGCCUCAAUCCCGGACUCCAUGCGAAGGAUUCUGGAACGACCUUUGUGUCGGGAGACGAUGGCAAACCAAGCAAUGGGCGUCCGCCUGGUGGAGAUGAAGAAGCAAAGAAGUAUCUAGAUCUGGGCAAAGUCAAAGCGCUGCCCCAACCACCGAUCAAUGAGCCGGCGGGCCGGCAGCUCGUCCGACACGAAGGGGGCAGCGGGAAGUAUUACCGCCUGUGGACCAACUUUCGUGUCGCAGACAGCUCGGAGGCAGCAGGCGGGGCUGAAAGGGGCUUAUUGGUCGCAGACACGGGAAGAGGAAAAGUUGCUAAGGCUGUUGGUGGCUCUCGUAAUCCUUUUAGCAAUCACAAGGCUUCGGUUUGGAAUGGCCUGCACAAUCCCAAAACAUCGAACCAGGGCGGCACGAUGGAUUUCGUCAAUUAUUGGCUUGGUGUUCUAUUCGAAGACCCCAAGACCCUAGUUGAAACGUAUGAGUUUUCCGGGUUCGUGAAGGUUGCUGGACUGUUAUGCAUGGUCGGCGGUAACCAGACUGCCCACAAAAUCAAAAAACAAAAAACGUGCACGACCACGAAUGGCCACGCCACGCGGUUGCUUGCUGCGGGUGUCAGACUCCUGCGCCACUCUCACUUCCGCAAAAUCAAAGAGAGCCAAAUCCGGCACCAGAUGAUAGGGCCUGGCUGUCUCGUCUUUCUACCAUUGCGGAGGAGCAAUCAAUAUGUAUAUCUUGAUCGAGGAAGAAAUAGAAAAAAAAAAAGUCCUUCGACGAAGUCGAAGUUGUAGCGUUAUUCCCCAUCUGGGUAGAAGAAGAAAGGAAGCAGGCACGAUACCAGGACAGAGACGUGGUGGCGUUUUUUCUAUCCUUCAGCGAUUUUGUGGCAUCUGAAACAGGACCUUUCCGCUGCAUAGUAAAAAAGAACAAGAAAAAGAUCCCCGGGGGCAGGCGAGCAGGCGGAGGAAUGGCAAGCAGUAGAGAAGCCAGACCCAGAUGCUGAUGAUACUGGCGCUGCGACAGAGAGUACCAGUUUCGUGGCGUUGGGCGAGAUAGCUGAACGCCACCAAAAAAAUUUUCCCGCUGCGCAGGAGCAAGCCGUCGCCGCACCAUCUGACGUCGGCGGGCUGAGCUGCAGAGGCGGCCUCUGUGGGAGAACCACGAAUGAAGAAGGUUGGGGCCCGUUUGAUGUUGUGGGAGGGCUGCCGCCUCUUCUAGGCCUUUCGUUCUUAUCGAAGGGAAACGCCCGGCCAGCUCGUAUUUUUCCUGCUGCCUGCCGACGUUCGUAUGUAGUGAAGCAAUACUUAUGAACUCUUCCGAAAGCGUCAUCUUCUGCAUUUUGGUGCCUUGAUUUCUUCAAGCUAAAAUCAAAAAUCGAAAAAGCAAAAAUUCAUAAGCAGCUUCAUUAGUGGUCGCGAAGCCUGCUGUCGUGGCGAUUAUGAUUAUGUUAAGCACGCGCACGCGAUGAGAAAUAAUUUGGGGAGCUGCGUGUCAUCUGGGUGCUGCGCUAGCAUGAGCACUUCUACGCGGCCUAACUCAGUGAGAGUUUGUGAAAGCGCAAUGCCGCUGAGCAACUGGAGUGGAAAAGGUUCUGUCACUUUUGCUGUGCGCCUUGCCUGGCUGCCCCGCUGCGCGUGCAUCGCGCACACGUUGGUAAGUGCUAGCUAUAGCGAUUCUUAUGUAAUGAAGAAGGAAGAAAGCAGUACAGGAGAAGCUGAGCAGGGCGGGGCCGGGGCGUUUUUCGUUGUGAUGUUUCGGUCUCGUUGCCGUCAUUUCCGUUUACCGCUGCGCCCUGUAUUUGAGGUACACUUACGCAUACCUUUUUUCUUUUUUAGGUUCCUAAAAAUGAUGCUUAACAAAAACUCCAUGAAGAGUUUCGAGAUUUCCCGACCUUUAGGAUGAAAGUAGGAGGCAUAAGGGGCGGACUUGUGGAACUAGGAACAGGUGCAGAAACAUCACCGAAAAAAGGAAGAGCAGCAUUGCGCUUGCGAUGUCGCAUCACUACAGUUGUCGACUUCUAUGCGCAGCUAAGAUGAAGGCAGCUCGGUGAUGUAACUCACUGCGUGGUGGACCGUGUGAACAACUGUAGCACGCUGCGAGGAGGAGGGAAGAGCAUUCUGGAGCCGCAAGGCAAAGGCGUCCAGGCGCAUGUACGGGCCACGAACUGGAACCGCGAAAAUCAGUGAUGACGAGCUUGGAUCACUGCCACUACCGAUCUGAUGUCGUUGCCGAAUUUUCUCGCUGUUUUAGCUUUGUGCAGAUUUGUAUUUAAAAAAAAAACCUUUUUUCUUUUUGUUUUUUGGUGUCUUGCUAACUGCUGGAACAGACAAACCGAAUGAGGUCAAAGCGUUACAGUGUCGUAGAAGCUUAGCAAAACCCCAACGCUAAGGCGGCGGCCAAAUCGUGCUCUCGAGCUCAGCUGCCGAAUCUGACAAACACAAAGGAAAGAGGCUAAGGCUUUCAGGAUGCUCGUCACCAGCAUGUGGACUGCCACGAGCCUGGAUCGCCGCCAUUAUUAGUUGGCACAGGGCCAGUGUAAGUGUUUGGGUUUUGGGGUCUUGAGGACUCUGAUCGCGCUAGGUUGCUAAGGCCGUCAGGAUUCCAUUAGGGAGGAAGCAGGUACCGAAGCACCCCGUCGGCGUCGCCUGUCACACGGCGCGACCUCGUCUACUAGGGUGUGGUCUUUAGUUUCCGUCCAGCAGGCUGAUCAUGGGCGCAUUAUUUGCCCACUCAUGGUGCGGCCGGAACCGGAUACGUUGCGUGCGGGCGCCAGCAUUUGGACACGAUCUAAGCAAGACGAAGCGUUAUACGACACGAAAAGGCAACAUGUCUUGAGACCACAGACGGGCGCUGGGCGGCGGCUGGGGGCAUUUUUGUUGGUAGGUUGCAUCGCCGGGACGCCCCUUGUUAACUCAAGUGCGCGCGCUCCCCGGUGCGUCACCAUUCAAAAACUGCCGCGAAAAAGGCAGGACAAUAGGGUCUGCGCUACUUCCUUCAAUGCAACAUAGACACACUACUUAUACUUUUGAAAACCCCGCCCCCGCGUAUGUGGGUGUACCUUGUGUCACUGGAUGUCUACCGCCCACGGCCGAAAUGCUUUCGUAAUACGCAAUCAUGAACCAUCAAAAUUUCUGUUUAAACCAUUCAGCACCCGACGCUUCUCGCUGUGCGCAUGUUGCCGGCUGAAGCAACAGAAGCGUAGUCACAACAACAAGCCGAAGCCCGGCCCGCAACGUUCCGGCGAAGGGGAGUCCAAGAAGGACGCACCGGUUGCGGUCGCCCCAGCUGGCCAACAAGAUCCUGGGACGAACUCUUCAAACUGCACCACUACAAACGGAGGCCGACACGACGACCAUUCGUCCGUUGGAGAAGAAGAGGAAGACGAAAGCCAAGCACUUUUGCAGGGCGGCCACCUUGCUCCGGCGUCAGUUCUGCACACCUCGGCCACGAACGAAGAAGACACAACCGCCGACCAGCAGGACCAUGGGACAGGGGUGGACGAUCAAGUUUCAUCUCAGCGCGAUGCUGCUUCCAAAGACACGACAACCGUGCUCGAUGCAAUGGGUCCAGAGCGAACAACACUGUUGAAGAGCAGCGCCUUUGCCGUCGCGAGCGACAGCGAAGUGGAACGGCAGGAGCAACUCAUUUUGGAAGCUUCGCUACGAAAUGCGGCUGGCAGAUCCCUGGCCGCGAGGUUUUUUGACUGCGUCAGCGGGUAAAGAAUGAGCCCUAACAAGUAAGAUGAACAAUCUUGCAAGGCGAGGAGGGAGUUUGUAUAAAAGGACUACAGCAUGAAUUAAACCAAGAACACAAAUAAAAAGUAGAGGUAAACAUAUUAGCAUAUAGCUCGCGGCUGUAGUUCUAUCUUCAGCACAUCUCUUAAGCCCACCAGUCGAUCCUACAUGAUCAAUCUGCAACACGAUUUUGAUUAACAACCUUGAGUGCUACUAUUAACAACAGCUUUUUUUUUCCAUUUCACGAACAACAUAACUCAUGGCACUAAUUAUACGGGAGAAGUUCAGCAAAUUUACAAUCGAGCUAGCCCAAGCAGUACCACUAUCGAUAUGAAGAAAGAAAAACCGCCAUACGGAAAGAGAAGUACGCGAAAAUGCGCGCAACCAGAAGUCUCCAUCCAUUACCAUUUGCUUUUAUGUUUUUUUAAUUGAAAAAGAUCUCGGAGCACGACCAAAAAUUAAAAUUUAAAGAAAUGUUAUAUCUCCAUCAAGCUUUAUGUUAGUCUUAGUUUUUGUUCCUGGGCCACUUGAGAAUGUGAAUGGGGCGCACGGGCUUGAGUUUCCGCUUGAACCCAGCCUCGUGCGGUUUCUUUCUGUGUGCGGUAACGACGGUUACAUGUAGUGUUUUCAGCUUGAUCGCGGCCCACUGGAUUUUCGUCCUUUGCGGUUGUAAGGAAACAGCCAACAAGAUGCGAAAAUGUAUUUGUGGCCCAAGGGCCUGCUCAAAACGAUCACGACCGAGCUCAAUACUAAAGGCACGGGGCAACCGCUAGCGCCAUCAUAUAUUUUUUUAGAUCUAGUUGUGCAAUAUUAACGAAAACCUAUAUUUUCAUUAAGACAAGGUUUUCUGCGCGGCGCCUGCUAACAUGCGAUGCAUGGGUACCCCCCUGCCCCGCAUGAUGUAGUCGUCUCUGCUAGUGGCCGAACAAAAUAAACAGGAGAGCUGCAGCAGCACAAAAAGCAACAAGUCAAAAAUAGCUGGAGUGAGGCUGCUGUAGGUACUUUGAAGUAGAGCUUAGAAGCACGCAUUGAGGUACGUUUUUUGUACGACGAAGCGUUUUUUGCUCCAAGGGUGCUUCUACUUCAUCUCGACGGUCGAACUGAUGCCACCACAACGCUCCUCGUGCCGCCUGAUUUGAAAGAAGUGUGCCUGCAAGCAUGUCGGAAGGUGAUAGAUUGCGUUUGAUGCGCAAAACAGAAAACGCGAUCUGCAACUUAGACUCACCUACGUCGCUCCAUUGCUUUAGAAUUUGACUCGUAGCAUUGACGUGAACGUCUCUCAAAAACAAAGCCAAAGCCAGCACUUGUCUUAGCCGCGCACAGACCAAGCCCACGCUCCUCCGGCGGCUUAGGAAAGAGCUGCACCCCAUAUCUAAACCGACUAUUUUUUUAAUUAGAAUCAGUUGAUCAGUGUACGUGAGAGUAAACGAUGAAGAUCGCACGACUUUCAAUUUCUAGAACGUAAGUAUCAGGCGUGAGGGACCCGCCUCCUCCUCCUGAGAUCAUGUUUUGAUUCAGUACUAGGGACGACACCGCUAUGAUGUAUAAAUAGUCAACAACUUCUACAUGCCUUGCUGUGGCGACAGCUUCUCGUCGUUUGUCGAAUGUGUUUGUUCAGCAUGAUAUCAAAUGUAAAAAUGUCUGGGUCUGGAAGAGUGCGCGAUUUGUCAUGCUGCUUUUCCAUGACCCAUGAGGUCUGGAAUGCAGGACCUAGCAUGACAGAUUCUGCGAGACCUUUCUAAUGCCUAUUCUGCAUGAGACACUACCUCCCGACUUGGUCAAAACUGAAACACUUUUGGUAAUCAUGCAACAUAGAUUUUUGCAUGCUGCAGAUUUAGCAUGACAAGUUGCAAUCUUCCAGACCCAGACAUUUUUACACUUGAUACAUGAAAAAGCUGCGGGCUGCACGUGGAGGGACAAGAUGGCGUUUGGUCGCCACUCAGCCCCUUUUUGCGAAAGGAAAGUAAUAAUAAGUAGGUAUUACUUUACAGUAAAAAGCUGAAGUACAAGUACUUCUACGAGCACGACACGACCACAACAUUUCGAGGAACGUACGGCUAAACGGAUGUUGACAAUUAUAUUUCCCCCCCAAUUCAUCAUCGGUGUCGUUGUAAAAGUAGCAAAAGGUGGUGCUUCCGCACACCUAAAGAAAGAGCUGUGGUCUAGUACAGACAGCUCUGCGCGGGAGGUAAUAGGUGGUCC